CUCUCCAGCGCUCGCGGGGACAGCGGGGCCCGCCCGGGAGCGAGCGGCGGCGGCUGGAGGAGCGCGGCCCCGGGGGAUCCCCCUCGCCAUGCAGACCCGGCGGCGCCUGCCGCCCGCCGAGGAUCAAAAAGAACACACUGAUUCAGCAGAACUGGCUGAUUGUGCUGCAGUCAUCAUGAGUAGGCACAGGGUCAUUCGUUUCUUAACAAAUGUAUAAGAAAAAAGGUUCAGACAAGAAUCUGGUGGUCAUUCCCUGACAAAUGGAGAACUAUUUCCAAGCAGAGGCGUAUAACCUCGAUAAGGUUUUAGAUGAAUUUGAGCAAAACGAAGAUGCUGCUGUUUCACCUACACUGUUGGGUGCAAAGUGGAAUCAGAUUCUAGAUCCGCCUUCACGUCGUCUGUCGUAUAACCCGACUGUGGCUGAUGCGAACGAAGCUACAACUCCUAAUGAAUGUCAGCAGAGAUUAAAGUCGUUCUCCUUGUCUCAUUCAGUGACUGCACCAACAGGAGGAGAGGAUCACUGUGCUAAUGGAAAGGAUUUUAGCCUAAGCCCAGAGACUCCAGUCAUGUGGAUUGAUGAUCAGGCAGCAGCAGACGAUCAGUUAAUUAAAAGAAGUAGUAGUCGGGAUGAUCAGUGUAACGCUGUGGAAUCUGGAGAAAAGAAAUGUGGAAGUAUAGCUUGCUUGCCAGAGGAGAAAAAUGUACUAGUGGUGGCAGUUAUGCAUAACUGUGACAGAAGAACACUGCAAAGUGGUGACUUGCUGGAUUGUAAAAAUUACAACAGUCAGUCCCUAAUGGACACUAUUAGCUUUACACUGGAUAAUGAAAACCAACAGAGUGAUGAGUUUAGUGUUACUGUAAAUGGAUCCAUGGAAAAAGAUGCAGAUACAGAAAAGCAAGUAAAUUGGCUAUGUACCGAAGAUGACUCUAGAAGUAAUUUGUUCAACGCUUCAUCUGAAACCUUGACCGUUGCAAGCCCGUCCUCUUGCUUAAAGGAUGAUUUUAAUAUGAGUAAAGAUUCAUGGCUUUCAGAAGCUACAGCUGCAGGGAUUAAUACAGUGACUCUCUGUAAGAGACCUGUUGAUGCUAUCAUUAAAAUGCAAGAAAAUUGUGUAUCAGUUGAAAAUUUUAGUAGUAAAGCCAUUCCUCAGAGAACAGAUCUAGAAGUUAAAAACUUUUCUUCUGGUUCAAGUAAUGGAAGCUUAGGAGAAGAAACAACCCAAGAAAUAUGUUCUAGGGUAUCUGGGCUUGAAGAAACUUGUCAAUCUAAUGUGGCUGGAAGUGGCAGCUACAAGGAAUGUGUUGCAGAACAUUUUACCUCUGAGGAUGGUAGUGCCAUUGAAAGUGAAGUCAUUGAAUGUGGUAAAAAUCUUAGCACAUCUGAAGUGCCCGGUAUGGGAGAGUGUUACCCUGAAUCUCAGGAGAUGACUAAUAGGGAAUUGACUAGAUUGAAUGAGAUUAAUGAUAAGCAAACUGUGGAAGAGAAUGAAAGACUUCUGCAGACAAAACAGCCUGAUGAAGCAUGUAGUAGAAACAGAGAAGGUGGAGAUGGGAAGAUGGAGGCAGACAUAGACUUAAAAGGGACUGGUACAGACGAGUCUGAAGGGUCCAGGCUCUCUGAUGCGACAGGUACAUCAAUAGCAAGCUCUCUGUCUAAUGGUUGUGAUUCCUAUGGAAUGCAGAACCCAGUUGUUCCUCAUGUUCCAAAGACUUUACCCUCCAAGGAAGACUCGGUAACUGAGGAAAAGGAGAUAGAGGAGAGCAAGUCAGAAUGUUAUGCGAAUGUUUAUGAACAGAGAGGAAAUGAGACCAUAGAAGGAAGUGGUCUUAUUUUAAACAGUGCUGGUGACCACAUAAAGAAGAACUAUAUACAUAAUCUCUGUAGUCAGGUGCCAUCCCUGCAAGGGCAAACUUCACCAAAACCAGUGACUAAUCUGCAGUCUGUUAGUGUUCCUUUUGGUGGUGCAAGACCAAAACAACCUACAAAUCUUAAAUUGCAGAUCCCAAAGCCAUUAUCAGACCACUUACAAAAUGAUCUUGUUCCCCCAAACUGUGGAGGUAGUAGCAAAAACAAAAAUGUCUUUGUUAAGACACAAUUAGGGGAUAACUUGACAGCAGAUGUGUUUCCCGGUGAAGCAUCAUUAAAUGCCCCUGUUACUGACACUAAUGGAGAACACAUAGAAGAGUAUGAAUCUGGAAUCUCUAGUAGUCCGUGCCUUGCAGUAGCCCCAGAUAGUCCAGACAAUGAUCUCAGAGCUGGUCAGUUUGGAGCUCCAGCCAGAAAGCCUUUUACUACUUUGGGUGAGGUGGCACCAGUUUGGGUUCCAGAUUCUCAAGCACCAAACUGCAUGAAAUGUGAGGCGAGAUUCACAUUCACAAAAAGAAGGCAUCACUGCAGAGCUUGUGGGAAGGUUUUUUGUGCAGCAUGCUGUAGCCUGAAGUGCAAGCUGCUGUACAUGGAUCGAAAGGAAGCCAGAGUGUGUGUAAUCUGCCACUCGGUACUAAUGAAUGCUCAAGCCUGGGAGAACAUGAUGAGUGCCCCGAGCCAGAGUCCUAACCCUAACAAUCCUGCUGAAUACUGUUCUACUAUCCCUCCUUUGCAGCAGGCUCAGGCAUCGGGCGCCCUGAGCUCUCCACCUCCCACUGUCAUGGUACCUGUGGGAGUUCUAAAGCAUCCUGGAGCAGAAGUGGCUCAACCUAGAGAACAAAGACGCGUUUGGUUUGCUGAUGGGAUAUUACCCAAUGGAGAAGUUGCUGAUGCAGCAAAGCUGACAGUAGCUGGAACAACUUCUACAGGAACCUUAGCAGUAUCGCACGAUCCAACAAAGCCCGUAACCAACAAUGCUUUAUCAGCAGAAACUGAUAAUGCUUCUGUAUUCUCGGGAAGUAUAACUCAGGUUGGCAGUCCUGUUGGCAGUGCAAUGAAUCUAAUUCCUGAAGAUGGGCUUCCUCCGAUUCUUAUCUCCACUGGAGUAAAAGGAGGUGAUCAAUCAGAGGUUCAGGCUGUGACUCAGCAGUUCCCACACACGCUCUUUGUACUAUUGAUCCCUACAAGCAACCAGAAGAACCCCAUCUUGCAAUCAAAUUAUGAUUAUGCUGUAGAAGAGAGACCUUCUCAGAUCUCUGUCAUGCAGCAGCUGGAGGAUGGUGGCCCUGACCCUCUUGUGUUUGUUUUAAAUGCUAAUUUGUUGUCCAUGGUAAAAAUUGUAAAUUAUGUGAACAGGAAGUGCUGGUGUUUCACCACAAAAGGAAUGCAUGCAGUGGGACAGUCUGAGAUAGUCAUUCUCUUGCAGUGUUUGCCUGAUGAGAAGUGUUUGCCCAAGGAUAUCUUUAACCAUUUUGUGCAACUUUAUCGGGAUGCCUUAGCAGGUAACGUUGUUGGCAACCUGGGACACUCCUUUUUCAGCCAGAGCUUUCUGGGAAGCAAAGAACACGGAGGGUUCUUGUACGUUGCAGCUACGUAUCAGUCCCUGCAGGACCUGGUGCUCCCAACCCCACCCUACUUGUUUGGCAUCCUCAUUCAGAAAUGGGAGACGCCCUGGGCUAAAGUGUUCCCCAUUCGGCUGAUGCUGAGACUUGGAGCUGAAUACAGAUUUUAUCCAUGCCCACUUUUUAGUGUCAGAUUUCGUAAACCUCUGUUUGGAGAGACUGGACACACCAUUAUGAACCUCCUUGCAGAUUUCAGAAAUUACCAGUACACGCUGCCGGUGGUCCAAGGCUUAGUGGUUGAUAUGGAAGUCAGAAAAACCAGCAUCAAAAUUCCCAGCAACAGAUAUAAUGAGAUGAUGAAAGCCAUGAACAAAUCCAACGAGCAUGUUCUAGCAGGGGGAGCUUGCUUCAAUGAGAAAGCAGACUCGCAUCUGGUGUGUGUUCAGAAUGAUGAUGGGAACUACCAGACUCAGGCCAUCAGCAUCCAUAAUCAGCUGAGGAAGGUGACUGGUGCCAGCUUCUUUGUGUUCAGUGGAGCUUUAAAAUCCUCUUCAGGUUACCUUGCCAAAUCCAGUAUAGUAGAAGAUGGAAUAAUGGUCCAGAUAACUGCUGAGAACAUGGACUCUCUGAGGCAGGCCUUGAGAGAGAUGAAAGACUUUACCAUCACUUGUGGCAAAGUAGAUGCUGAAGAUCCUCAGGAACACGUUCACAUUCAGUGGGUAGAAGAUGAUAAAAACUUCAGUAAAGGUGUUGUAAGCCCUAUUGAUGGCAAAUCAAUGGAGUCUAUAACAAGUGUGAAGAUAUUUCAUGGCUCAGAGUACAAAUCAAAUGGAAAGGUCAUUCGAUGGACAGAGGUGUUUUUCCUGGAAAAUGAUGAGCAACACAAUGGUCUGAGUGACCCAGCUGAUCACAGCAGACUGACUGAAAACGUGGCAAAAGCCUUCUGUUUAGCUCUUUGUCCUCAUCUUAAGUUGUUAAAAGAAGAUGGCAUGACUAAGCUUGGUCUGCGCGUUACUCUCGACUCAGAUCAAGUUGGUUAUCAAGCUGGGAGUAAUGGACAGCCACUGCCUUCUCAAUACAUGAAUGACCUGGACAGUGCCUUAGUUCCAGUGAUUCAUGGAGGGGCAUGUCAGUUGAGUGAGGGGCCAGUCAUAAUGGAGCUCAUCUUUUAUAUUCUGGAAAACAUCUCAUAAGAGGACUUCAUUUUCUGUUCAGACCUGUUCCAGCAGCAGUUGUAUCUGAAUCAUUUGCACUUUAAAACUGGAAAAAUUAAGCUUUUGGUAACACUAUUAAGGGGAGGUGGGGG